CAAUGUCAAAACAUUUCUAACCAAAAUACUUGGAUUUAGAAACACUGGUGUUGAUGUUCGUUUAAUUUUAUAUUAUACUCAAAUAAAAACAUUUCAAUAACCGCUCACGAAAUUAGUAUACAAUCAUGAGUGCACUUUCAGAGCAAGCGCAGCAAGCAGUUACAGAAGCUAUCAAGAAUACCGAAGAUGGAAAAGCUAAAUUAAGGAAAUGGCUGAACAUGAACUUCAGAAUAGAAAUGACAGAUGGUAGAGUGCUUAUUGGAGUAUUUUUAUGCACAGAUAGAGAUGCCAAUGUUAUAUUAGGAGCAUGUUCAGAGUAUCUUAAAAGCGGAGAUGGUGAAACAGAGGAACCAAGAGUAUUGGGUCUAGUGAUGGUACCAGGUCGUCACAUUGUUUCCAUUCAGUUGGACGACACUACCCCACCACAAAUGUACUGUUACGAUGAGUGAUUCCUCACCAAUGUCCUUGGUUUUGUAAUUAAAUAUCCAUUUUUAGUUAUAUCUCUUAUUAGUUUGACAUUGUGUAUAAUAUUUAUACUUUCUACUAGUUAAGUUUUGAUAAGAAAUAAAACAAUUUAUAAAUAUUUUAAGAUUAAAAAUGUAUUUAUUACUUAAGGAGUAUUCAAGUUUGCAAUAAGCUGUUUGAGUACAUCAGGUUCAAGGUAAAUGUUUUUGGAAUCAUUAGCGAAAGGAUUGUAUUCAUCUAUGUUGUGAUUUGAUUGUAAUAUUUCAGAUAGUUCUUUCACAAGUUCGUUAAUGGAAUGUUGAGAUCCAUUUAGUUUCAUGUACAAAAAUUGUCUAUUUAGUAUAUUAUUUAAGCAAAUAUAUGGCUGAAUAACUC